AUGGGCCAGCGCAACGGAUUCAUAGAUUUCGAUGUGGAGAAACUGAAUCACAUGUACGACUUUGGCUGGGCGCUGCCAUUGGUAUCCCAGGAGGAAGUGUUCUUUGGCGAUCCAACGCAAUCUAGCAGGGACAUCAUAGACUUGAGCGCCUAUGGCGCUGCCUUGCUUGGCAAGCCGGAUCAGGAGCUAACAGGUGCUAGGGUAGCUAACUUAAGUGCUGACAGCGAUGUUAAUCCCGAGGAGCUGGGCAGCUAUCUUGAGGGUGAUAUUCUAGUGCCACAACCGGCGAUCACUAUGCGAAAUGGCAUGGUAUCACAGAGCUUACGGUGGCCCAAUGGCGUGGUGCCCUAUCGAAUCGAAGGGGAUUUCGAUAGAGAAGAGUUGUCCAUUAUCGAAACUGCCAUGGAGGACUAUCACAGACGCACCUGCAUUCGAUUCGUGCCACAUAGCGGCGAGAGGGACUACAUUUCAAUUGGCAGCGAUUUCUCGGGCUGUUGGUCUGCUGUGGGGCGCAUCGGCGGGAGGCAGAGAGUCAAUCUACAGUUACCUGGAUGCCUGCGACGCUACGGCACUGUGCUGCACGAACUGAUGCAUGCACUUGGAUUCCUGCACGAGCAAAGCCGCAUGGAGCGCGAUGACUAUGUGAUGAUUAAUUACGACAAUAUACGCCCUAGAGCAUGGAAAAACUUUAGAAAGGCGGACAUUUCUGAGGCAUUCGGAGUGCCCUACGAUUUCGACAGCCUUAUGCACUACUCAGCCCGAGCCUUCUCUUGGAAUGGGCAACCGACAAUAAUCACAAAGGAAGCGAAAGACAACAUUCGACUGGGUCAACGUUUGGCAUUUUCUGAUAAAGACUUAGAGAAAAUAAAUAGGAUGUAUGCAUGCGGUUCUCACUUAACAACUCCGCCUACUGAUGUCUCAUUCUCCACUCCCGAGCCAGAAAGUAUAGACCCUGAUAAUUGGAUCGACUUGCUCAUCAGCAGCUGGGGUCUUAAAGGAAGCUUCAAAGAGAUUCCAGAAGUAGAAGACUGA